AGAAGAGAAGGGCGCCGUGUGAGCAGCGCGGCACUGCCUGCCUGCCUGCGUGCCUUCAUUUGCGAUCUGUGGGAUUGAUUCCUUCUCAAGGGUUCUCGCAUUGAAGCAACUCGCGAGAGAUUCGCAACCAUGGGGCGUCGCCAGGGCAUGCAGAUUGGAGUCGUGGGGUUCUUCAUGCUGGGUCUCGCUUCUCUGCUCUUGGUUGUGUCUCAGGAGUUUCCCGUGGAGUCUUCUUCCUCAACCGUCACCCCGGCGUUCAUAUGGUCGGAUCUGCGAUGCUUGUUUGCGCAGGAUCGACGUGUCAAUUAUGAAUUUCAAACGUCCGAGACCCUAGUGGAUACAAUUUUCCAUGACUUUGGAAGGUGCGCAGCUACUGAGGAUGAAGUCCAAGAAGAAGCAAAGCCAGAGAUGAUUAUUAUGUUUAUCGGAAAAGAGCUCAGAUCCGAGGACAUUUCUCGCAGCGCAUCAUCUAGCGUUCUGAAGACUCUUCAGAAAUCUAUCACAGGUGUCAAAUACUCAAUGUCAAUUCCUUAUGUCACUUCGGCAAGUGACAAAGCCUCAAUUUCAGAGUCCUUCCUCUCAAACAUUCGGAACAAGUUUGACACCACUCCUAAAAUUGGGGUAGUAGCGGUUUCUGGAUCUUGUGCUACCGGAGACCAUGCUGUCAAAAGGCUCGCUGAUGUCGCUGAUAUUCAGGGUUACAUUUUCGGAAGGAAAACUUCUCGGGCGCAAGGAGAAACUGAUGUUAUGGUCAUCUGCUACAGCCCUACACUGCACUGGAGCACAGAUGGUGUCUCCAACUCAGAAGGGAUUGUAUUGGAAGAGGUCCUAUCAACCGUGAAGUCUUCUGGAACUAGCAAUGUCGCUAUUUAUUUCUCUGAGCCAUCGGUUUCUAGUGUGAAGCACCAUGGAAUUUUGGAACGUCACCUUCUCGAAGGCUCCGGCACUGGAAGUACAGAUUGUGAUGCGCUUUGCAGGAGUAGAGCAGUGAUCCUUGAAGGGAUUUUUGUGGCGUUUACGCUUAUCACUAUUUUGGUAUCUGGUAUUUGCUGUAUGAAAGCAGUCAAGUCACCUGCUCGUUUUGAGACCGCUAAGGAAUCAUAAAGCGAUGGCAAACCCGGUCAUGAAUUUUGGGAAUCUCUCAUCCUCGGGUCAACCUCCAGUGAGCAGAAGGCGUUGCCAGCAAGGAUUCAGAUUGGCCAGUCUAUAAGCAGAUUGCUAGGAUCAUUCAUUUGAACUUGUCCAUGCGCAGAUUUUGUGUAUUGAUCAAGCAUGGUAAGGCUUCCAAACUGGCAUCAUAUUUUCAAAUGGUCAGCUAUGUGCAACCAAGUUGUUUUUACUCAAAAUUUAUUUCUGUAGUUGGAAAUAAUUAAAAUUAGCAAAUGAUUUCUAUCUUUGUAAUUGUAACCCUCGUGGUUGCCCCUUUCAACCAAAUAAUAUAGUCCAUUUUGAGAUUGCAUUUCACAGA